UGCUGUUGAUAUUUAUAUAACCUAAUAUAUGUAUAAACAUGUAAUUGUACUUUUCACAAACGUAAUAACAAAUACCGUCGUGGUAUUACUACCAUUACUAUUUUAAAAUAAGAAAAGAUAAUAACAUUUACUACAUUUAUAAUUAUACUAUUGUCAUCAAUUGUAUGACCGGUUUGUGGAACAAUUUACAAUCUCUAGCGUUACCCACAUUCAUUCUCACAAUUUAUAGCAAUAUACACUUAGCUUUGUUGAUAAUUUCUUAAGUAUUAAGAUUAAGACACAUGUGAAUAGUCUUAAAACAGUAUUACAUAUUAAAUAAAUAUUACAAUAUUAAAUCAAUUUAUUUAAAUCGUUUCUUUACAUAAGUUAGGUUAUAUACGAUUUACACGAACAACUCUUGGAUUAUUAUAUUACUACACAAGUAUUUGUUAAUUUAUUUGAAAGUAAAAAUAAUCGUUAUGGGUCUCCGUAUGCUAUCAAAGAGAUGGUCUUCUCUACGUUAUCUUCUUUCCAAUCAUCAUGAGUUUAAAGACAAAACUAGAAAUUUUAAAUAUUUUGGAGUCGGUGUUUUCACAGCUGUUGUGAUUUACAAUACAUCUGGAAAAUCUAUUUUAGCAGCACAAAAUGAAAUAGAUAUUACAAAAUUUAUGGCAGAACCCAUCACUGAUAUUAAGGAUUUAAAGAAAAAUAAUAAUAUGAGGAAAAAGAUGGAGAUAUUAGUAAUGAAAACUCAAACAGACUUCUGUAAAUCUUUAGAAUCAUUAGAAGAACCAGAUUGUCAUUUUAAAACUGAUAGAUGGACUAGAAAAGAAGGUGGUGGUGGAAUUACUUGUGUUUUACAAGAUGGAACUGUAUUUGAGAAAGCUGGUGUAAAUGUGUCUGUUGUUACCGGUACAUUACCACCAAGUGCUGUGCAACAAAUGAGAGCACGAGGCAAAAAAAUGCAAGAAGGUCCUGUCCCAUUCUUUGCAGCUGGUGUAAGUGCUGUAAUACAUCCUCGCAAUCCUAUGGUUCCCACGAUACAUUUUAAUUAUCGUUACUUUGAAGUUGAAAAUUCAGAUGGUACAGUUCAAUGGUGGUUUGGAGGUGGUACUGAUUUAACACCUUAUUAUUUAAAUGAAGAUGAUGUGAAACAUUUUCACAGUACUUUAAAAACUGCAUGCGAUAAGCAUAAUCCAUCUUAUUAUGCAAAAUAUAAAAAGUGGUGUGAUGAUUAUUUUCUUAUUACACAUAGGGGAGAGCGUAGAGGUGUAGGUGGUAUCUUUUUUGAUGAUCUUGAUGAACCAAGUCAAAAUGAAGCAUUUCAGUUUGUAACAUCUUGUGCAGAGGCUGUAAUUCCCUCUUACAUUCCAUUAGUAAAGAAACAUAAAGAUGAUGGAUAUGGAUAUGCUGAAAGACAAUGGCAAUUAUUGCGUAGAGGAAGAUAUGUUGAAUUUAAUUUAAUAUAUGAUCGUGGUACAAAGUUUGGUUUAUAUACUCCUGGUGCCCGAUAUGAAAGUAUAUUAAUGUCUUUACCCCUAUCUGCCAAAUGGCAAUACAUGCAUGAACCAGAAGCUGAUUCACAAGAAGCAAAACUUAUCGAAGUGCUAAAAAAUCCUAAAGAUUGGUUGAGUUUGUAAAAAAUAUCUCUCAUCCAUCAAAGGUAGAAAUGAAAAAUUACUCAGCAAGAAUAUAUUUAUGUUACCUCGUA